GGCGAGGCAUUAACAGGACGUUGCUGUUUUUCUCUGACUGAACACACGGCAGGGAAAGACAAAGAGGAAGUUUAAUACACUUCCAGUAACAGGGGAAUCCAACAUUGCUGCUGUGGAGGAAUAGGCUGGGUUGCCUUUAAUUUCAUAAAUUUUGCUUAAUGAGGAUUUAUUAGGUUUCCUUUUUACUUAUCUCCUUCCCUCUCUUUCUCUGUCUUUCUCUCCCCCCCCCCACCCACCUCCUCCGUGUCUCUCUUGCUCUCUACUCUUCUGGCUCUGUUCUAGUUCCUCCAAUAGCAUAGUGGUGAGAUCUACACAUUGCACAGUUCUAUUGAUUGCCAAAGAGAAAAACAGGAUCAAAGUUUGCCGACAUGCUGUGACAAUCAGGUGUGCUGCUGGAAGUCGGAGGGAAAAAUGUCUGCCUGUGCUUUGAAGAUGGAGGAAUGAAUUGCCUGAGAACUUUUAUCGGGUCUGGAAGACUUUUACCUCGGUGAUUGUGUGUGUCCAAGGUUGUUUGGUUACCAGACAAGGCCAAUUAUCUGUCUUAAAUCCAUGGGCUGAGAACGGGCAAGCUGAGGGGACGGGAUGAGCAAAACCCUCUAUCAAGACCUGAUCUAUUUCCACAAACAGCUUAGUGUUUUCACGAGGUUACGCUAAUGUGAAGGCAGCAAAAUUACUGUAAUCAGUUGAACCAGCAAGUGCGCAUCCAUCGCUAUGAUUAUUUGGAGAUAAUCUCUCAGCCCGAUGUCUUUGUAACAAGGAAAGGGGGGCACUAAAUUACUUUUCAGUUUCACUGAGAAGUCCAUGAUCAUUGGACAAGGGAGUUUGGUCAGUGGCAAUCUACAGUACCGCAUUCUUUAUAAUCUCCUGUUUUUCACCUGACAAAAGGAGGCGAGCCUCAGGUCCAGGAGGAAAUUCUGAGCAUGGAGGUCAGGUACAACCAAGAGACAGAAGCAAUAGUACUGAAGAACAGACUAAAGGAGGGAAACGACGGUAAAGAUUCCCAGGGCAACCUGUCCAAAGGCUUCCUCAAGGAACAGCAGGAUUCUUCCUUUUCACCGUCUGGGAACAUGGAAAACUGUGAGAAGAACAGGGGGAGCGCGGGGGACCCCGACUACUGUCGGAGAAUCCUUGUCCGAGUGCUCCACAUUGCAGAUGCUAAAGGGUCGAUCCGAGAAAUCAUCCUGCCAAAAGGUUUGGAUCUGGACCGACCAAAGCGAACGCGCACAUCCUUCACUGCAGAGCAGCUCUAUCGCUUAGAGAUGGAGUUUCAGAGGUGUCAGUAUGUGGUCGGGAGGGAACGGACAGAACUGGCCCGUCAGCUUAAUCUCUCUGAAACUCAGGUGAAAGUCUGGUUUCAAAACCGGCGCACUAAACAGAAGAAGGACCAAGGAAAAGACUCAGAGUUGCGUUCAGUGGUUUCAGAGACAGCUGCGACUUGCAGCGUCCUCAGACUGCUGGAGCAGGGGCGGCUGUUGACACCACCAGGCCUGCCGGGCCUCCUACCCCACUGUAGCUCUGCCUUGCGCCCUCCCUCCAUUGCCAUGGCCAGCAACAACAGCAGCAGCAACAGCAGUGGAGGCAGUACUGGGACGGCUGGCGGUAGCCCUCCAUUACCCACUGUCACCACUUCAGGGACAGUGGCAGGGCUGCAAAGCUCAUCGUCCGCUCACAGUUUUUUCAGCUUCCCAAUGCCAUCCAUUCUCAGUGGCGUCACUACCCGCAUUUCAUCUAACCCCCUCUCCAUGGCUGGUUCACUGGCGGGCAACCUGCAGGAGCUCUCCGCACGCUACCUGAGCUCCUCUGCUUUCGAACCUUACUCCCGGACCAAUGGCAAAGAAUCGAUGGACAAGAAAAUUCUGGAAUGAUGGUUUUUAUGCUCGUAUGGAUUCUUGUUGCUUCUGGAAGCUUUUUAUUUGUUUAAUUGGCUGUUGCCGUCUUUGUUUGGUAUCAUCUGUCAAUGUCAUGUUCUCUAACUGCUUAUGUAUUCCUGCACAUCUGGCACCUUGUACAAGGAAGGAGGAAGAAAGAAAUUAAAAAACAACACAUCAUCAAACAAAUAAUGGAUGUCAAUUGAAGGAUUUUGCACAAAUCUUCACACAAACAUUUAUCAAAAACAGAAAGGCAGACUGAUCUUUAAGGGUUUUUGUUUAAAUUAUCAAUUAGUCCAUAAUAACUGCACAUUCUGGUAUAAUAUAGCUGCUCUAUAAAAGGUCCAGCAUAGCAGAAGCAGAGCCUUUUACUGCAUAGCAGCAAAGUCUCCAACAGGCGGGUGGAAUAUUUCAAGUAAUUGGUACCUUUCUAAACUGCAUUUUAUGUUAGAAUUGUUGGUUAGAUGCAACAUGUUGCAUUGAGAAGAUGUAGAGCAAGAAUAGCAGAGCAGCAGUCUGUGUGAUCCAGUGAGCACAUCAGAGCUUUUAAAACCUAUUUGCAUCAGCAGGAAUAAAUAAGCCUUAGUUUCUCAGGGAGGAUAAGUCCCUCUGAGAGAAGGUGAUUGGACAGCCAAUGCCAACUUAAAGCCAGAUGCAGUUUGGAUUCCAAAUGCUUCAAGAUGAGUCAGCUUGUAAAAAAGAUCUUUGUUUAAAGUUUGGACUAAACAGUCAGACCAGAAAAAAUGUCACACGGUAUUAUCUACUGAAAUGUUUGAUGUUGAUUGCUUUGUUGUUUUGUGAAGAUUUUAAUAAUAUAGUCUUCACUUUGUUGGAUUUUUGUCACCAAAAUGCAUUACCUAAAGGUUUUUUUUUCCGCUUUGUUUUUGCUGUUUUUAUACCAAUGUAUUUCUGAGUUUGGUGCAGGGUGUAUGGUCUGUGCACAUGCUACUCAUAGGAACGACUACCUAAAAACAGAAAAAUGUUUUUGCAUAUAACUAAGCAGCUUAGCUUUGGGAGAACAUAGUGAAAUAACAAGGUUUUUAAUGUCUGAGACAAUAUAAUCUCCUGGUUAAGAAAUUAAUAAAUCCACAACCUUUACAAAAGUUAAAGGGGAAAUUCAGACAAGAGAAUGAAUGCUGGUACUGUUGUAUAAAAAUACUGAUUGAGAAUUGUAAAGUUGUUAUUUUAUUGCAAACUAUUUACAUCUGUAAUUAAUUAAUUAUUAGUAUAUUUGGGAAAAUAAUGUAUGGAUGGAUGUUUUAGUGUGGUUGAUAAAUCAAUCUAAAGGUCUUUGGUGCUGUUGUUGUGAAAUAUCUUAAAAUUCGUGAAAUGUGUUAUGCAAAUGUGCCUAUAUAUUAUGUAAAUGGCUACAGUGUUUUUUUAUGUGUUGCUGCAAAUUAUGUUAUGAUACAUUUCAUGACUGUUUUACCUCUUAUAAACCAGCCUCAUAAGUAAGCUCUUUA